ACAAAGACACCUCUACACACACACAGACAUGUACAUACACAGACAUACAGACACAUGUACACACACACAGACAUGUACAUACACACACACAUACACACACAGAAACAUGUACACAAACACAGAUACAUGUACAUACACAGAAAUACACACGCACAGACACAUGUACAUACAUACACAGACACAUGUACAUACAUACACAGACACAUGUACAUGCAUACACAGACACACACUAUAAAAAGUUGCAGUACUUCGUUGUUCACUCACAGAGCCGGGUACUGCACUCUAGGGGGAGGCAGAGAGCACAACACACAGUCCUUCCUUUGCUUUCACUGCGCUCAGCUAUUGAACAGUCUGACGGCUUCCAGUGCCAAUGACAGAUCCGGCCUGAGCUCUGAGCCUGCUCAGCAAGACGGUCCUGGGGGACACACUUGCCCCCACCAUAAUUUCCACUCACCAUUGGCGAGCAGGCGAGUGGAAAUUUCAAGCCUUGGUAUAGUG